UCUUCCAGGAAGUGAAAAGACGCUUAUCCAACUUAACAAGAAGCGGUAUUGCGUUGAAAAUUUUAAUAUGACUUCAUUUUGUACAUUUCUUAUUGUUCAUGGAUAUUUACGCCACUUUCAUUAAAAUACGAAGCGGUUCCCACAAACACGAUUUCCUUAAGCCUUGUACUAUUUGGAAACGGAUUAGCAAUGCAGUUUCUUAUUAGUUGCAUCCUUUAUAAUGGAUCUCAUAUAUGAUAUCGAAUUAUGUUUGAACGACAGCGCAGCUUCUGUUACCGCUUGUUGAGCUACGGUGGUUGAGAUGAGGACAUCCUGCUCUGUACUCGUGUAUCCGUUGGACCAAAUAAGUAAACCGAAAUGGGAAUUAAGAUAGUGGUUCGGUUUGCAGCCUUCACAAGAGUCCUUACUCUUCUUUUACAGGCAGUUUUUAAUGCUGUGAUCCCUGAUCAUCCUGCGGAUGCCUUUAGUCCUCCUCGGCUGGAAGACCCAUUGCUCCUGGACGGUCUGGUGGAGACACUCUUUGGUGGCUUGUCCCGGUGGGAUGCUGAGCACUUCCUCUUCAUUGCAGAACGUGGCUACCUGUAUGAGCACAAUUUUGCCUUCUUCCCCCUGUUUCCUGUCACCCUGAGGACGUUGGCCAGCGUCCUCCUGUGGCCCCUGGCUGGCAUGCUGACGGCACGCGGCCGGCUCCUCCUGGCUGUAGUGCUGGCUAACUUUGCGUUCUCUGUCAUUGCUGCUGUGGCCCUGUAUAGACUGGGCUGCCUGGUCCUAGGAGAGCGACGCCUGGCCUUGCUCUCCAGCCUUCUCUUCUGUCUCUCACCAGCCAAUGUCUUCCUGGCUGCUGGCUACUCUGAAAGUCUGUUUGCUGUGCUCACCUUCAGUGGUCUAUGGAUGCUGGAGGGUGGGCGACCUUUCACUGCCAGCGUGCUCCUUGGUCUAGCUACUGCUACUCGGGCCAACGGCCUGGUCAACGUUGGGUUUUUGCUGUAUCUGCCACUGCAGCGGGGGCUUGUCCAGGCCAUCGCUGUCAGCAAGGGGGCAGGGGGGCUGAGCAGGAGUCACCACUAUAUCUCGAUUUCCCUACGUUUCUUGUUCACUGCUACCUUGGGCUCCGCCAUCAUCGUGAUUCCCUUUGCUGCCUUCCAGUAUUAUGGAUACCAAACCUUCUGCACACCCUCUCUCCUCCCAGACACUGUAUCUUCUGCCCUUCUUGACUUGGCUCGGGUUAAAGGUUACAGGAUUCCAGACACAAAGGGACUCUCUCCCGGCUGGUGUUCCUCACGCCCACCGUUACUCUACUCUUACAUUCAGGAUGUGUACUGGGAUGUGGGAUUCCUGCGCUAUUUUCAGCUGAAGCAAGUACCCAACUUUCUACUAGCGCUACCUAUGGCCACAUUAGGUGUGGCUGCAAUUAAGAGCUUUAUUUCAGCCAACCAGGACCUGUGCUUGAGGCUGGGACUCUGGGGUGAUCAACUAAAACCGCAAACAAACAUCCCAUCUGGGUACCACAACCCAAAGGUUUUUGUGUACAUGGUGCACCUCACUGUCCUCUUGGGCUUUGGCGUGUUUUGCAUGCAUGUACAGGUUCUGACCCGAUUCCUUGCCUCUUCAUCUCCCGUGAUCUAUUGGUUCAGUGCGCAUCUUCUGCUUUGCUAUGAGCCCUUGUUGCAGGAAGAUGGAUCUUCUCCUGAUGGCGGGAGACAGGAUCGUACGGACCGCCACCCACGCCUCCUGACAGCAGACUCAAGAGUCCUGCCCCACAAUCUUUUGACUUGCCUGCUGUUUCAUUGGAGGACUUACUCGCCUAUAAGCCGUUGGGUGCUUGGCUACUUCAUCUCCUAUUGGCUGAUAGGAUUGGCGUUGCACUGCAACUUUUUACCGUGGACAUGAUGCUUGCAGUGAAGGUGCCUCUUGAACAGCAAGCAUGUGAAAUGACCAGUUUUUUUCAGAGAUGUCAAAAAAUGCAUCACCGCACAGUGUUUCAGAAACAUUGGUAGCUCUAUGGAAUUAUGGGAAUAAUGAAAUAGCGUCCUGCCCAUUAGAAGAAUAUGGAGUAUUAGUGUGAAAAUCCUGUAGUUAGGGAAUAUUUGAAUUGCAUCUGUGUUUUAGAAACUGUAAAGAACUUACUUUCAGGGCUAGACUCUGCUGGCUUACAAAUCAGGAGUUUUGCAGCCUUACCUUUUGGAAAAUUGUUUAUGGUGUAAUUUACCAUCCUGGGUGUAGAAGAGUGGGAAAGCAGGCAUGUCCGUUUUCAGGGAACUGCUACAGUCAGCAUCCAGUGGUGUAAAUGGGUAAGAUGCAAGUGAACUGAAUAUAGAUGAGUAUAGCAAAGUCUCUACCUUCCUAUUUGCUGUAUCAGUCUGUUCAUUCGGAUUAUUGGGGCGACGUUUCCAGCUCAGCUGAGAGGUAUUUUAAUGAUACAUGACGUUUCUCAUGAUCUCAUGAGUUUUUUUAUGAUACAUCGUCUGGAAUAAAUAUGUUUAUUUUUCUUAAUUUUUUUAAUCUAAUAAGAUACAUUUUUGCAAUAAAGAGUGUUAAUGCCUUUUUGAUGAA